GGUCGCAAGAUGCACACCUAGAUAAGCGAUUUCAACGAUCGAAUCCACAGAUUGCGGUGUUUUUGUUUGAGUUUUCAUCGGGAAAACUCCGGGAAAGCGCGCGCUACGAGCCGAGAAAACUUGCGAAACAAUGUGGUGAAAACUGGCUUCGAAAGUUGUGGGGUAACACUUAUGUUCACACAUAUGCGAACACAGUUUUAGGCACAGUGAUCAAAAACCUUCCGAAAUUGUUACGAAAAAUCCUAAAGAUACCUCAACGGUUUCCACAGAUAUUACUAAUUUCCCAAAGGUAUCAACUCCACCUAAAAUUUCAAAUCCCUACCAACUAAAUCUCAACCUAACCUUAAAACUCAACAGUGUGUAGUAUAAUACGUCUCCAGUAUUGAAUAGACACCUCUCUGUACUUUAGAUAAUAUUGUUCCAUAGUCCGCCGUUGUACUAAAUUGUUUCGUGAACAUAUUGUUUAAAAUAAUGUUGGGAAAAACGUGUAGGGAUUGAUUUCUGUGCACCAAGUGAACGAUUCGAGGAAAAUUUUGGAAAAAUGUGUUGUGUAUCGAUUUUCAGCGUGAGUUGGGAAAUUUGAAAACUGUGGACGUGUUUUGGAAAAGCGCUGAUUGUUGCAGUGCGAUGGACAUGUCAGUAGAGCAGCACCGCGGGGGGUGGUACGGUGGCGGUGGGGGUGGUUCCGCCUCCGAUGACGCCGAGAGUCAGCUGAGUCAGCUGUUUGUGCAUCAUCAGCUGGACACCAAUGCGCAUGCGCAUCACCGGGCAGCUGUAACAGCCACCUACUAUCACCAGCACAGCUAUUCCGUGGCGCAACAUGCUGCAGCAGCCCGCCAAGUGUGUCGGCCUCACUUCGCACACCACUCCCCUCUCCACCCCUGGCUGACCAACUCCUCCUCCCCCUCCUCCUCGGACAAGUCAGGUCGUCAACCGCAGUCCAACUGGUGUCCACCCUAUGCCACCGUCUCUGAGGAAGCCGCCGCCAAAACUGCGGCAAGCCUCACCAACCCAAUGUUCAGUUUCCCGCCGACACCACCAAAAGAUGCAACACCGGACAGUGUCACCACCAACAACGGUGCACCUGGUGUACCCACCUCCAUUUCUGCAACGUCAGCGAGCGACGCCUACUCAUCAGCGGCUGCAAUCGCUCAUAUGGGCGUGUUCCUGCAUCCUGACCAUGGGAAUGCUUCCUGUGACAUAAAGCCGCUCCUCAAUAAUGGUCCUUCCGGGGCCGGAUCUAAACAACGUGAAGGUACAUCUUCACCUACAACUACCACCUCCUCAACAUCAACCACCCCCUCUACUAACACCCCAUCCUACCCCUACCAGGAAACCACCUACCCCUACCCAACCUACCCUCACUCCUACCCCAAGUCAAACCUUCACCCUGCAUCUUCGGGGACAUAUCCUGGGUACACCUCAGCAAGUAAUUACACAUCAGCGCUGCAUUUGUCAGCUGCUGGACAUCAGUUUGGAUCAGGGGCUGCGUCCAAGGCUCAUCACCAUCAUAGUCAUCAUCAGGGCCCAGGAACGCCCAGAACCAAGUCCAGGACUAGUGCCGAAGGACGAGAGUGCGUAAACUGUGGAGCAACUUCGACGCCCCUGUGGCGUCGCGACGGUACGGGACACUACCUUUGCAACGCCUGUGGUCUCUACUACAAGAUGAACGGACAAAACCGACCGCUCAUAAAACCGAAACGACGAUUGGUGAGUCUAAUUCAUCUCUAUUUUUUCACGAUUCUCAUCAAUUGUUCACUCCUAAUUUUAUUGAUUCAUUGCAGUUAACUCAUAGAUAUCAAAGUUCAUAGAUCAAA